UUCUGAGGAGGGCCCGCCCGCCCGCGCAAGGGUCUCCCCCGCUGUCUCUCCCCCUCCAGGCAGCCCCUCUCCAGAGCUGGAGCCUCGCCAGCCCGGCCGCGGCGCUCAUUGCGUAAGGCCGCGUUGAUCGAGCCCUGCCCCAGCCCCGGUUUCCGGCCGGGCCUUUCACGCGGAGGGACGCCGCUGGGAGCCGGCCCGGCCUGCGCCUCUCGCUCGGCCGGGGCUGGAAGCGCCCAACCACGGGCCGGUUCACGUGCGGGAAGCGCUCCCCUGCCCUCGUCCCUGGGCGCUGACCGAGCCGGCAACCAUGGUGCCGGCCCAGCUGCUGCUCUCUCAGGCCGUACAUGGCCGGGGAGGCUAUGAUUCUGAUUUUAGUGAUGAUGAGAGUGGAGAGAAAUCUGACCAAAGGAAUAAAAGGACAAGUAAUGAAGAUGCCCUACUCAUAAAACCAUUCCAGAAAGUAAAACAGGUCAAGGUGGCUGACAGACAAAUUGCGGCAGAACAAUGGGAUAGGGAAGAAGCGAGAAAUAGGAGAUUUCAUUUGAUAGCCAUGGAUGCUUAUGCAAGACAUAAAAAGUUUGUGAAUGACUACAUUUUAUACUAUGGUGGCAAAAAGGAGGACUUCCAACGUUCAGGAGCAAGUGACAAGACAGACCUUGAUGUUGUAAGAGAAAACUAUAGAUUCCUGUGGAAAGAGGAAGAUGCAGUGGACAUGAAUUGGGAAAAGAGACUGGCAAAGAAAUACUAUGAUAAAUUAUUCAAAGAGUAUUGUAUAGCAGAUCUGAGUAGAUACAAAGAGAACAAGUUUGGAUUUAGAUGGAGACAUGAGAAAGAAGUAGUUUCAGGAAAAGGUCAGUUUUCCUGUGGAAAUAAGCACUGUGAUGAGAAAGAAGCACUGAAAAGCUGGGAGGUGAAUUUUGGGUACAUGGAAUAUGGUGAAAAGAGGAAUGCGCUUGUGAAAUUGAGACUGUGUCCACAAUGUUCCUGCAAAUUAAAUUUUCAUCACAGGAGGAGAGAAGUCAAACCAAACAAGAAAAGACAGAGAACAGAACGAAACUCUGAAGAACCCAAAAGUAAGAAGUCAAGAUUAUCUCAUUCAGAAAAACGCAGAUCUAAGAGAAAUAAACAGAAAGAUCAAGUUUCCUCAGAUGAUUCAGAUGAUUUUGAUAACGAUCCAGAUGACAGUGAAGAGCAAGAUGUUCCUUCAGAUGCUGACUUUUGGAAGGGUCCUCUACAGGAGACAGAUGAAAAAUCACGGGAGGAAGAGUUUGAUGAAUAUUUUCAAGACUUGUUUCUCUGAAACUCCAUGUGGAAACCUAGAUUAAUUUCUUCUUGAAUUGUCACGAUUCAUAUCUGAAUACCAAAUCAGAUUUAGGAAUUUAUAUAUUGUUUUUUCUAUAAAAAUUCCAUUAAAGGCACAGCUCCUACAAUUGACUGCCCCUGGACACAUACCCCUGCUUACAUAGAGCAUCACUGAUUUCACUGGGACAUGCCCAUGUUUGUCAGUUGCAGGAUUGGGGCAUAAGCAGUUUCUCGUGGAAGAUGAUAGAUACUCUGAACAUUAAUGAAGAAUGACAUAUAACAUACCUGGUUAUAAUUUAUUUUCAGCUGAGUGCAUUGUAAAGUACAAAUCUAAAAAAUUAAUCUCAAAAGGGUGAGAAGGAGACAUAUCAGAAUGGAGUUUACUGAUAGAGUGCAGUGUUUUCACAGCGAUCAGAUACAUGAAGUACUUGCUUCCACGCUGCGCUUUUUAGUUAAUUGUUUUAAAGGCAUAUUCUAGUUGACUCCCUGUUCUGUAUUUACCACUAAACUCUUUAAUAAAAUAUAUAUAGUUCUCUUUUAAAUCUAUUAAACUAUGCAGCAAGUGUUUGUGGAUUUAAAUUCAUCAGUCACCCGGUGUUUAAGACUCAAACAUCUGUGUGUGUAAAUCUUUUUGAAAUAUUGAUACCAAAGUUUCUGAUUCUAGAAAACUUACAUUUUGCUUGGCCUAAGUAAAUCUUUUCUUCCUAAAAUUAAUGAUGAUGUUUUCUUUAAUUUUUUUAUAAGCGUUAGUUCACUGUUACCCACCUCAUUUUAAGUCUUUUAUUUUAAAUGUUGUUUGAUUGACAAUCCCAUGGUCACUCCACUAGUAGUUUGGGAUGUUAGUUUCUCACAUUUGUUUAAAUAAAUAAGGUACUUGGUUUGCCUCUGGGAAACGUA